CAGAGUGACGGGAGGAUGUUUGGAUUAUAGUACACAUCUUUGACCGCAGCAGAACAAUCUAGCGGUAGAGACAACGAGUGUGGAUAUACGAGGAGCUUUUUGUUUUGAAUUGUACAGAUCUAUUUUUUUUUAAUGGCUUGGAAAUGGAGAUAGCUUUGGUGAGCUUUGACAAGCGGGGUGAUGGAGGCCGUGAUGGAGAACCCUACCAAAACCAAAACUCCCUGGAUCAUCCACGCUUGGUCCACAACAAAGAACUAUACUCGAGAAGUCCACAACAGAGCUCAUGGAAAAUGAACGACAUGAACAACACAAUGAUGGGCUCCACUGAGAAUACGGUGGAUUAUUACAGUCCCCAUUUGUUUGAUGAGGACAUGGAUAUGGACCAUGAGAACAACGAACGAGUUCUUAUCAAUAUCGCCGGACUGAGGUUCGAGACACAGUUGGGCACUCUGAACCAGUUUCCCGACACUUUGCUGGGAGACCCGGACAAGAGAAUAAAGUAUUUUGACCCCCUCAGGAACGAGUAUUUCUUUGAUCGCAACAGACCGAGUUUUGACGGAAUUCUUUAUUUCUAUCAGUCCGGCGGGAAAAUCCGACGACCUGUUAACGUGUCGAUCGACGUGUUUGCCGACGAAAUCCGCUUUUAUCAGCUGGGAGAAGAAGCAAUGGACCGUUUCCGCGAGGAUGAGGGCUUUAUCAAAGAAGAAGAGAAACCAUUGCCACAGAAUGAGUUUCAGAAACAGGUAUGGCUCAUCUUUGAGUACCCUGAAAGCUCUAGUCCUGCACGAGGCAUAGCUAUUGUCUCCGUCAUCGUCAUAACCAUCUCCAUCAUAACUUUCUGCCUGGAAACUUUACCCGAGUUUCGCGACGAGCGAGAGCUUCCAGUGACAAGUCGCGCUGUCAAUGGUACUCAAGAGCGUCCAUCGCUCACCUUUAGCGACCCGUUCUUCAUCAUUGAAACCACAUGUGUGAUUUGGUUCACCUUUGAGCUCUUCGUGCGCUUCUUUGCCUGUCCUAGUAAGUCGGAAUUCUCCAAAACCAUCAUGAACAUCAUUGACAUAAUGUCUAUCAUGCCUUACUUCAUCACCUUGGGCACAGAGCUGGUGGAGCAGCAGGGCCAGGAGCACAAUAAUGGCCAGCAGGCCAUGUCACUGGCCAUACUGAGGGUCAUUCGUUUGGUUCGGGUGUUUCGCAUAUUUAAGCUCUCUAGACACUCCAAGGGGCUUCAGAUCUUGGGCCAGACUCUAAAAGCCAGCAUGCGAGAGCUGGGCCUCUUGAUCUUCUUUCUUUUCAUUGGUGUCAUAUUAUUCUCCAGUGCUGUUUUCUUCGCUGAGGCAGAUGAACCCGAGUCUCACUUCUCCAGCAUCCCAGAUGCCUUUUGGUGGGCUGUGGUGACCAUGACAACAGUUGGAUAUGGUGACAUGAGACCGGUGACUGUGGGGGGAAAAAUUGUGGGCUCGCUGUGUGCCAUCGCAGGGGUGUUGACCAUUGCAUUACCGGUGCCUGUCAUUGUGUCUAACUUCAACUAUUUCUACCACAGAGAAACUGACCAAGACCAGGCGUCUCUCAGAGAAGAGCCUAAUAAUGGUGGCCCUUCAAACCCAUGUGAUGAACUUCAAGAGUUGAGGAAAUCAUCAACCUCUAACUCAAAAGAUGGAGAUCACAAUGAAGAAACAAACAUUCCAGUUGAGAAGACUAACAUGAAAGCUAACAGCAGAAUGGAUAUUAAACGCUCCCUUUAUACGUUUUGCUUGGACACUAGAGAAACUGACCUCUAGUUUGUCCAUCUCUACCCCAUUGCACUACCGGUGCCCGUCAUUGUUUCCAACUUCAGCUAUUUCUAUCUCAGGGAGACUGAGCAGGAGAAGGCAUCUCUCAGAGAAGAGCAUAGUGGUGGUGGCCCUUCCAGCCCGUGUGAUGAACUUAAUGUGUUGAAGAUAUCUUUAAACGCAAGAGAUGGAGAACACAAUGAGGAAGAAAACAUGUUAGAGAAGAUCAACGUGAUAAACUGGAUAUUAAAUGUUCCCAAGAAACAGAAACAUCUAGUCUAUCUAUAUCCACCAUGCUAAGUUAAUGCACCCAGAUUCUGGAUGAUCCAAGGAUCAUCGCACUGUUAAAAUCCUGGAAAGUUGCAGUUAUUUUUUUAAAGCACAUUUGAAUCUGUUAAUCUCCUGGGCAUCAGCAGCUUUUAAGCAUUACCUUUAUAAUUUCUUAUUCAGAAACUCACAAAAUAAUGAUUAAAAAAAAUAAUUAUGUAAAAUUUUAAGAACUGCUGUGAUGCUUUGAUCACAGGCCUUAACUCUUUCACCACCUCUUAUGUUGUUCAUAGUUGCUCAGUGAUUCAAGUGAAAAGCCAAAAUAGGUUUUCUUCUUUUAAAGCAUACUACUUAAAAACACAUGUACAUAUUUUUGUAAAAUAAUUGUUUGGUCUUUAGGGUCUCAAUCAAUAUCACUUUCGUAGUUAGUCUAAAAUACUGUUUAUGUGUCGCUUGUGGCUAUCAGUAUUUUAUCAUUUAUUUAUAGCAAUAUUUUUUCACUCUCAAAUUUAAAACUCAGUGGCGUAUGAAAUCUAUGGAGCACUUCAAGGAAAAGGACAACUUUAAGUUGUUUUGCUUCUGAACUCACAACGAUAAAGCCUUGUCGACGGAUUCAAAAUGGAUUCAAGCAGAAAUGACAGUGUACAGGAGAAGGAAACCUCAACAAAUGACUGAACCAUGAUGAUCUACUGAAACCAGAGGAGAACUUAAAGAUGAUCCAGUGAUCAAUUUUCAUGUAAGAUCCCAGAAGAGGAGCCAUUAUCAUGACAACAGAUUCUUCAGACCUUCUGAAAACCUCUGCAGAAACCUGUGCCUUUGAUCAAACCCUGUGAAUCAAUCAUUUUUGUAUGGGUUCAGAAUAUGAAACUGAUACUGCACUUCUGACAGACACCUUUAUGAACUGAACAGGUGAUAUGUAAAGGUGGUUUUUGAAGCCAUGGAGUUCAACAAGUCAAAAAUUGUCUAAGAGGAAAUCCCACUCUGUGCAAUAUUAAUCUAUUUUAGAGUGAAGUUCAUGUCCAAGUAGAUUUUGGAUGACUAUGUUCAGUUGGUUUAUUUUUGUAAAGCUUUUUCCUGAUGUAUAUUUUUCUAAAACAAUAUUAUUCUCCAACAGAAGAGACACCUAUGAACAUUGACAGAUAAAAUAUCGUUAGGCGAAGAAAAUGCCUCCUUUUUAGACAGGGGAAAAAGCCAUAGUACCUCUCAUCAACAAC